AUGCGGGCUAGAGGGCCGACAAAUCCUGGCUACGAUGCGUUGUUCGGUACCUUUGCAUCCCCCGGCAGCCCGAGCAAGCCAGGGCGCCUGCUGCCGACGCGCCGAUCGCUCGCCGGUGCCGCGGCCGCGCGCCCACGCGCGGCACUUGCCGCCGCCCUGGCGCUAUGUGUCCUCCUCUUGCUCUUCGCCGCGCGCCGCCGCUCAGUGUCGGGCGGCUCCGAGGCCGGCGCCCUCGCCGCGUCCGCCGCAGCCGCGCGCCUUGCCGCCGGCCACGCGGCACGCGCUGCCGAGCUCGCUGCGGCGCCUCCCAUCCACGCGGCCGUGCAGCUGCCGGGGCCCCGGCCGCUGCCGUUCCCGCCGCCGGCGGUCAAUGACGCGCUGCUGCGUGCGGUGGUCGGCGCGUGUGCGGAGCGGCAAGAGACCUACGUGUAUGUGCACGGCUCGGAAGCUGCCGUCGUAGCUUCCGCGGAUUUCGUGUCAUCGGUGCUGUCGCGGCCAUGCCCGCCCGUCGACAUCAUGCUCGCCGCGCAGCACCGCUCCAUCGGCCUGUGA